AUUUUUAGAAGUACUCUGUCGACACAGUUAUAUCACACCAACAUCAUAUUUAGAAAUGAUACAAACAUUUAAAAAAUUAUUACAUAAAAAACGUAAUGAAUUAACCACCAUGCGUAAUCGUUAUUUAAUUGGUUUAGAAAAAUUAGGAUUUGCUGCUAGUGAAGUUGGUAAAAUGCAAAUUGAAUUACGUGAUUUACAACCAUUACUUAUUGUGACAAGUGCUGAAACAGAUGAAUUAUUAAAUAAAAUAGCUAAAGAAUCUGUUGAAGUUGAAGCUCAACGUGAAAUUGUCGCCUCGGAUGAAAUGAUUGCGAAUCAAGCAGCUACUGUAUCAAAAUCCAUUAAAGAUGAAUGUGAAUCUGAUUUAGCUGAAGCAAUGCCAUUAUUAAAUGAUGCAUUGUCAUCUUUAGAUACAUUGAAACAAAGUGUGAGUUGA